AUGUCUGGCUUCUGUAUGCUUCUUCAACUACUGAUGGUCAAUGGUGCUCCAGCUGCCAAUGGCGCUCCGAAAUUCAUCUCAUCCACGACGAAGACUACCACGGCAAAAUCAAAGACGUUGUCCACUUCGGCGAAGAUUUCAACGAUUACAUCAAAGUCGUCUAUUGUCACAUCAAAGAGCUCAUCAAUUGUAACCGUGUCUACCACCAAAGCCUCAUCGACCUUGUCAUCAAGCGCGACGUAUCCCACCCCAACAGUUCCAAUCGGCGCCGGUGGAGGGCCUUUUGCUACCGUAGAGGGCAGGAUGUUCCAGAUUCAAUCAAAGACCCAGUAUUUCGCUGGCACGAAUGCAUGGUGGCUUGGUCAGCUGCAGAACAACACUGAUGUCUUCAACGUCUUUGCCGAUCUCGCCUUGUCUCAAUUAAAAGUCGCCCGUGUCUGGGGUUUUAGCGAGACCAACAAUGCUGCCACUGCAUCUAGUGUGUACUAUCAGGUUUUGAAUUCGAGUGGCCAAUACUUCAACUUCGACUCCAACACUGGUAUCCCAAGACUUGACUACGUAGUCUCAACGGCGGAAGCUAAAGGCGUGAAGCUGGUCUUACCGCUCGCGAACAACUGGGGCGCCCUAGGGGGCAUCCCGGCCUAUACGUCCGCGUUUGGAGGGAAUGCUACCUCAUGGUUCACUGACGCCAAGUCUCAGGCCGUCUACAAGAAGUAUAUCAACUUGAUCGUUAACCGCUACAAGAGCUCUGCCGCAAUAUUCGCAUGGGAACUCUGCAACGAGCCGCGCUGUUCCGGCUGCUCGACCUCAGUCAUCAGCAACUGGGCAUCAGACAUCAGCGCGUAUAUCAAAUCGUUAGAUUCGCAGCACAUGGUGGCUCUUGGCGAUGAAGGAUGGAUGACCCCUCCAGUGGGCGAUGGCUCGUAUGCGUACUCCGGGUACGAGGGUAUUGACUUCGUCAAAAACCUCGCCAUCUCCACCCUCGACUACGGCACUUUCCACCUCUAUCCCGAUUCGUGGGGCUAUAAUGACACCUGGGGUAACGAAUGGAUCAUGCAACACAACGCCGCAGGCAAAGCAGCAGGCAAGCCAGUCGUCUUCGAAGAGUACGGCUCGACUAACACUACCAAUCACUCGGCAAUCUGCGAACCAUGGCAGCAAACGACUCUCUUGAACACCAGUGUUGCCUAUGACUCCUUUUGGCAAUUUGCGACGACUCUGUCUAUUGACCCCUAUGACGAUUAUGCCAUCUACUAUAACAGCACGGCGGGCAGUGACUAUGAGGUCUAUUGGCUGCUGACAUUUCGCUCGUUCUAUCGUCGCCAAUUGAUCUGUGUUUACCAAGCGGCUGUUGAUCUUCUAUCCGCAGUCAACAUCAAAGACCUGGUCUUUGCUUCAUCCAUUCCGCCUACCCAUUCGAACCCAAGGAUCAGCUCCUCAGCAUAUCCAUUCGAGCAUCCCUCACGGUCUGAGACCUCCACCGUCAUCAUGUUCACCAGAGUUCUCUCGCUCGCUUUAUUAGCAGCCGUCAACAUUGUUUCGGCUGCAGAUAUGCCUACCAUUUCUGCCGUCGGAGCCAAAUUCUUCUUCUCCAAUGGAACACAAUAUUACAUCAAAGGCGUCGCCUACCAGCUUACCUCCCUCGACCCUCUCACCAACGUGACUCAGUGUAUGCUCGACGCUGCCUCGAUGGCAGACCUGGGGGCCAAUAGUAUACGCGUCUAUCACGUAGACUCGACUGCCGACCAUGAUGCAUGCAUGAGUGCUUUUGCCUCCUACGGCAUAUACCUCUGGCUCGAUCUGGACACCUUUGAUUCCCAAUUCAACCAGGCAUUACCAGCCUGGAACCAGACUCAACUCUCCGCCUUUGAAGAUGUCUUAGACGAGUUCCAGCAGUAUGACAAUCUAGCUGGGGUCUUCGUCGCUAAUGAGGCUUUGACCUUGCUCAAUGGCUCCGACACCGCUCCUUUCGUCAAAGCUGCCAUCCGAGACGUCAAGGCUUACAGACAGUCAAAGAACUACCGUGAUAUACCUGUUGGCUACUCUGGAGCUGAUAUCCCAAGCCUCCGGCCCAUGCUUCAGAACUACCUUGCAUGCGGUUCAGAUCCAGCAGACUCGGCCGACUUCUUUUCUCUAAACGUCUACGAAUGGUGCGGUCAAUCCUCCUUUGAUGGCAGUGGCUACAACGAGCUCGUCCAAAACGCAACCGGCCUUCAGAUCCCCAUCUUCAUCUCAGAGACUGGAUGCCGGAUUCCCAAACCCCGAACAUUCGACGAUAUGGACUCAAUUCUCGGCAAAGACAUGGAGGACGCUUUCUCGGGAGCCGUUGUCUACGAGUGGAUUGAGGAAACGAAUGACUACGGUCUCAUUUCAUACGGGCCCAAGGUCAAUGACAUGACCAACACGGCCGCAUUGGACGGCUACAUUCGUACCGGUACGCCGAUGCCUGUGAGCCCUGAUUACAGCAACCUGAAGAGCCAUUGGGCUACCCUACAUCCUACCGGUGUGGCACUUUCAGCCUACUCAGCCUCGGCGUCCAGCCUCACGCCCAUAGCUUGCCCAUCGUCUACUGUGAAUGGAUGGAUUGUCGACCCCACACAGUCCCUUCCCAGCGUCGGUCAGACUAUCGAUCUGGCAGCUACAUCAACCGGCGGCCUCGGUGGAUCAGCCACAGGCAACGCCAAACCCUCCUCAACUGCGAAGAAGGGUGACGCAGCCGCGAUGCAUACCGGUAACGAGGUCGCAGGUAUGGGCGUAGGAUUGGUUGGUGUAAUGUUGGGGUUCCUCUUUUGGCUGUGA